UAAAAACUCGCUCGGACCGACACGCACGCAGCGUCCCGUCCCAGCGGAGCGUCCCUGGCACGCCGCUCUCCAGCCCAGCCACUCGCGACGCCCGGGCUCACUGGGUGCCCCGCCGGCCGGGCAGGAUGGUGGUGUGCGGCCUGGCCUGCUGGAGGUGCCGGUGGCUCCUGCCCCUGCUGCUGGGGCUGGCCAUCAUCAUGGGCAUCAUCGCCCUGGCUGGCAGGGGCUGGCUGGAGUCCGAGUCGGAGCCCUACGUGCAGCAAGCGUCGCUGUGGGAGAGCUGCACGCGGGGCGAGGAGGACCUCAACUGGAGCUGCCAAUCCCUCAUGGAGUAUGGAUGGGGGAGAGCAGCAGCUGCCACAUACCUCGUUGGCUUUGUGAUCCUGGUCAUCUGUUUUGCCCUUGCAGUCAUUGCGUUCUCAAUUGAGAUACUCCGCUUCAACUUUGUGCGAGGAAUUGGAGGCUUGCUCUUUGUUGUUGCUGCUUUCCAGAUCAUUGGCCUGGUCAUCUACCCAGUAAAAUUCACAGAAGAAAUACAACUGACAGGAGAUAAUAUGUUCAGCUGGGCUUAUGGCUUUGGUUGGGCCAGCACUGUUGUUGUAAUAGGUUGUGCUUUCUUCUUCUGCUGCCUCCCCAACUGGGAAGAUGAAGUCCUGGGAAACAUCAAGCCUACAUAUUACUACUCCUCCCCAGAGAGAGCACCAUAUUUAAAUUGAAAGACUAAAUCCACAGUCAACUGUCAAAGCAACAGAGGAGCAUUUAUGAUGUAAAUUUGGUGCCUUUGUAGGAGACCAAAGAAAAUUGACCAUAUUUCUCCAAAUUAUUUCUUGAUAGUCCUGGUAAUAAAUUAGUAAAAAUGUCACAUCUUUCAGCAAAUAGCUUUUACCUGAGGUAUUGUUUAUGUGUUCUUGGGUCAAUUCUGUUUGGGUGGCAUACUUGCUCCUCUCUUCCAGCUACCUGAGUCAUCCUUAUUUUAUUCAAACAUUUGCUUAUGAAUAAAGAUGUAGGGUUUCAGGUGUGGAAAGGAAGAGGCAGGAUUUUGAGCAACCCAUUAGAGGGACCUGCAAAUUAUUGUUUUCACCUCUGGUAAAAUUGCCUUAAAGGGAACUAGGAAAAACAACCUUCCAAAAAAUGCUUUUUGUUCCACCAAAAUCAGUCCCAAGGAAGGAACUUCCCUAAAGACUAUUGUGGUCACUUGCUGCCUGAGGAUCUCUUCUUAUUCCUGUCUUUGGACUAUUGUUAUUAGGUAUUUGAAUCAAAGGGAGAACAAAACUUAUCUUUAUUUUCCACCAGUUGAUGCUUUUGGAUGGAGAUGUCAUCUAAAGCGUGGAGCUGGUUUGUAAAACAGUGGCUAGUGUAAAACUUACUGGUAUUUUUGUGGCCACUGCAGGACUUGUGAUGGAACUACAUAUAAUUUAAUAUACACUGUCCCAGAGAA